AUGUUUCUCUUCAAGGUGUGUAGAUGGAUGGGGCUUGCUUGUUUCCGGUCUCUGGUGGUGUCCUUGCCCAACGUUCGUCAGAAGAAACUGAUUCAUAAGCUGCAGAAGGAAAAGGCUUUUCGGGAAGAGAUAAAAACUUUUCGUGAGAAAAUAGAAGACUUCAGGGAAGAGAUGUGGAAUUUCCAAGGCAAGAUCCGUGCUUUCCAGGGCCAGAUCUUGGGCUUUUGGGAAGAAGAGAGACCUUUCUGGGAAGAGGAGAAGACCUUCUGGGAAGAGGAAAAAGCCUUCUGGGAAAUGGAAAAAUCCUUCCGGGAAGAAGAGAAAACCUUUUGGAAAAAGUACCGUAUCUUCUGGAAGGAGGAUAAGGCCUUCUGGAAAGAGGACAAUGCUUUGUGGGAAAGAGAUCAGAAUCUUCUUCAGGAGGACAGGGCUCUGUGGGAGGAGGAGAAGGCUCUCUGGGUAGAGGAGCGAGCUCUUCUUGAAGAGGAGAAGGCCCUGUGGGAGGAUAAAAAGUCCCUCUGGGAGGAAGAGAAUGCCCUCUGGGAGCAGGAGAAAGCAUUCUGGGGAGACGGUAGGGGCCAUGUUGCUGAGGAGCAGAUAGCGGGAAAUGGGCACCACAAUGUCAAUGCAGGGCCACGCUUGCCAGCCUUCUCCCGAAACAGAGCAUGA